AUGGCCAUCACCGGAGCCGCCGCCAAUGAACUCGGAAAUGCUGCCGUCAAAUCCUCCUCCGGCGGGUGGAAAUCAGCGAGGCUCAUCAUCUGUGUGGAUAUGGCGGAGAGAUUCGCGUAUUUCGGGAUAUCGUCGAACCUGAUAAUGUACUUGACCGGACCAUUGGGUGAGUCAACAGCUGCAGCUGCGUCCAAUGUGAACGCUUGGAUCGGAACGAUGUCGUUUCUGCCGCUUCUUUGGGCGUUUGUAGCGGACGCGUUUCUUGGUCGUUUCCGUACGAUCAUCAUCUCAUCUUCUCUUUAUAUCUUGGGACUUGGGUUGGUGUCGUUUUCAGCUAUGAUUACUUCUCACAAUGGAGAUCCGAAUCAACACCAAGUAACUUUCUUCUUCUGCGCUCUGUAUCUUGUAGCCGUAGGACAAGGUGGUUACAAACCUUGUAUUAAGGUAUUUGGAGCUGAUCAGUUCGAUGCCAAUGACCUAACGGAGGCAAAAGCCAAGAGUUCUUACUUUAACUGGUUGAUGUUUGGAAACUGUGUUAGCAUAGUGAUGACUCGUUUGGUCUCUACAUACAUCCAAGAGAAUCUAAGUUGGUCAUUAGGGUUUGGUAUUCCAAGUGUUUCCAUGUUACUUGCUCUGUUUCUCUUCCUCCUUGGAACUAAGACUUACCGCUUUAGCACUGAGAGAGGAGGAAAGAAAAACCCUUUUGCUAGAAUCGGCCGUGUUUUCAUGGAGGCCGUGAAGAACAGAAGACAACCUGAUUUAGAGUUAGCUAACCCUAACGAGACCCUCCUUCUCCGCCCUCACCAGAUUUCCAAGCAGUUUAGAUUCCUCGACAGAGCAGCCGUCUCGUGUGAUGUAGCUGAAAUUGAAGAAGCAAAAGCAGUGCUUAGGCUUGUUCCAAUAUGGAUGAGUUGCUUAGGCUAUGCCACUUUAAAUGCACAAUCUCCUACAUUCUUCACAAAACAAGGUUCCGUGAUGGACAGGUCAAUCUCACCAGGACUCUUAGUGCCUUCAGCUACACUCCAAAGUUUCAUAAACCUAACAAUUGUCUUCUUCAUCCCAAUCUACGACCGUGUACUCGUCCCGGUCGCAAGAUCCUUCACUGGAAAACCAGCAGGAAUCACAAUGCUUCAAAGGAUUGGCACAGGGAUUUUCCUCUCCGCCCAAGCAAUGGUAGUAGCUGCGUUGGUUGAGACCAAAAGGCUCCAAACUGCUGGGGAUGACCUCAACACACUGAUGAGCGUGUGGUGGUUGGUUCCCCAAUACGUUUUAUUUGGAGUCGCGGACGUGUUCACAAUGGCGGGUUUGCAAGAGUUCUCCUACGACCAAGUCCCUAGUGAGCUUAGGAGCGUUGGUAUGGCUCUGAACCUAAGUAUAUAUGGGGCCGGAAACUUCAUAAGCAGCUUCUUGAUAUCUGUUAUUGAUAGAGUCACGAGCCACUAUGGUCAAACGAGCUGGUUCGAUAACGACCUAAACCAGGCUCAUUUAGAUUACUUUUACUGGUUACUGGCUUGUCUCAGCUUCAUUGCUUUAGCCUCCUACUUGUGGUUCGCCAAAUCGUUUGUGUACAACCGACAAAACACCUUCUAA